AUGGCCGAGGCGUGCCCUCCACAGAGCCCUGCCAGCCCGACGCCUUUGCCGUUCUCCACCUCCCCUCGCACCCUUUCCUUUUUUGACCCCUCUUUAGACCCUUCCCCAAAUGACUCUCUUGAGGCCGACCCCGCCAGGUAUUUAACCAGGAGGAUUCCCCAGAACCCUAAGUAUCAGUACGUGAAAACUCGCCUCGAUACGGGUAACAGCCUGAUCAAAUGCAUGGAGAAAUUGGAAGAGAAGAAAAGAAAUUACAGACACAAAAAGGAUGAGCUAUUCAGAAGAUUAAAGGUGACUACUUUGGCCCAGCUGGUCAUCCAUGUCUCUUCCCUGUCUGAUAAAACGUUAGAAGUGACAGCUGAGGAAAUCCAAAAGCUGGAAGAUGGUGAUGGCAUCGCUUCAGAUGGUGAUGUUCAACUCAAAGCUGGGACAAAUGGGAAGGCAAGCCCUACUGAGAAACCACCUAGUCCAGUCCUAUUCAUAAACAACACUGGUGGUGGAGAGUCUCAUCGGUCUACUUUGCAAAGCCUGAUAAGUGGUGUUGGUGAGCUAGACAUACACAAAGACACGCUAAAGAAACCUGACACUAAUGAUACUAAAGAUGGACCUUAUCCUGAUUGCCCCUUCCUGCUGCUAGACGUACGGGAUCGAGAUGCGUACGACCAAUGUCACAUUGUUGGAGCGUAUUCCUACCCAAUCGCAACGCUAUCCAGGACCAUGAAUCCAUACACCAAUAAUAUUCUGGAAUAUAAAAAUGCCCAUGGAAAGAUCAUCAUCUUGUACGAUGAUGACGAGCGAAUAGCCAGCCAGGCUGCCACCACCAUGUGCGAGAGAGGCUUUGAGAACGUAUUCAUGUUAUCUGGAGGUCUAAAAGUCCUUGCACAGAAGGUGCCUGAAGGACUAGUCACUGGCUCAUUCCCAACAUCCUGCCAGUUGAUGACCCAAACUGGCUCUGCCCGGAAAAGGGCCAGCCCUAAAGUGCCACCCACACCCGCUGAGAAUAAGUGGCGAUUUACUACAGAAGAUCUACAGAAGAUAAAGUGCUACCUGGAAGAAGAGCAGAUCCCUUCAGAUACUGCCAACCGCCUUAGCCGUGGUUCCUCGGGCCGGGACUGCAGGGCCUCUACUGUGAGGAGCAGUCAGAACCUCUCCACCGCCAACUCGGCUAGCUCCCUUGCCACCCGCUCCUUCAGCAGCGGCAGUCUGCAGAACAAACCCUGGAAAUAAAGACAGCAUCUCCUUUCCAUUGAAUAAAUGAAUGUCCCAGUACAUCCUGCUCAGUACAUCCUUUUAUUGUUUUAGGAAGCUGCUAAGAGGAAGAAAAGAAUGGUAUAAGACUAGCAGAUGGGGAGAGGGCAGGGGGUCCAAGACUCCUGACAUUCAGUAGGACAGGAAAAAGUACAAUUUUAUAAGACUCCUCGUAAAAGGACAAUGUCAGGUCAAAGUCGUUGGAAUGGUGAAUUUGGGGAGGGCAGGAAGAGCCCCUGACCAAUGGAAGCGGUCCUGUGAAAUGUGUAACCUAAGGAAAUGCCAGUUGAAUUUGUGCUUGUAACAAUUAUUCUUUCCAGUGUCCUAUGUAGCACUGCAGCAUCAUGCUAAUAAGUGAGACCUUGGGAGAUGGAUAGACCAGAAACUAACUGCACACACAAAUCCUGGUGUCUACCUGAAAUGCUGAAACUGAACAAACAGCCAAAAUGGUGAAGAGUGAGAGACUCGAGAAACAUCCUUUUUUUUUUUUUUUUUUACCAAUGAAAUGUAUUUCUUAUAAGGGCAUUCUUGUAAAUAUACAGCAUGCUGUUUUGAACCUGA